AUGGACAUGAACGACAAGAUGGAACUCCUCAAAGUUCGUCCACUCAUCUCAUUAUCACGCUCAUAUCCGAUGCUCCAACGCCUCACUCGCUCUGCUCGUCCAACACAAAACAGGCAUCUUUCUCUCACGACUCGCAAAUCUCGCGUUUGCUUGCAACACCAACAAGUAACAAGUCCACUCCGUUCGCCAGCAGAACUGAAUUUCAGAAAGCAAUUCACCCGACGUGUAGAAGAAGCUCAGCAAACGCUCACAAUCACUGACUUACCACCUGAACUCCACCACAGCAUCAUCGACUUUCUCGACCCCAUCGAUAGUACGUGUCUCGGGUUGGCAAGCCGCUACUUCUAUACCCUUCAUCGACGACGACAUGGCACUGUCCAGCUCGCCACGAGACGUCCGAGGCCGGACCACCGAGAAUGGGCACGGAGAUCAUCAUCCGCUUUGUCGGCCUUCAGGUCCAUCGACGCAACAACGGCGAUGACUGUGACUGACCCUACGGACGAUGCCACGCUGGCAAACGAGCAACCGAUAUCCCAUCCGCAGCCGCGACCACCCUCCUGCUGCGCAAAGUGUGGGCUCGAGCGCUGUGAACUACAGAGACAUAUCCGAGACUGGUUUCCUCCAGACCACGAAUACUGCACCAUCUCUGAGAAGUACGUGAGAUUAGGCCUUCACAGAGAGAAAGAAGAGUUCUGUCACAGGCGCUCGCCUAGAAAUUCCACCUGGUGUGGGAAACAUCAUCCACGAUCCGUGGCCAAGAAAGUGGCCUGA